GCCUGCAGGGAGGUAAGUGCCUUUCCCUGGGAGAGCCCUUGGUGCUGCUCUGCCUUUGCUGCGCGUUUGUUUUCAAAGGGUGUUUUCCUUCCCUCCCCUUUCCCCCAGAGAAAAUCCAAGAUCACAGCCUCACGCAAACUCUUGUUGAAGAGUUUGAUGCUGGCCAAGGCCAAGGAGGAGUGGGAUCAGGAGAUUGUGGACAAGCAGGCAGAGAAGGAGAGGUACCUGUCUGAGAGGGUGACCCCACUGCACACCAGCGGGCUCUCCCUGAGCCAGCUCCAGGACCUGUGCAGGGAGCUGCACGAGAAGGUGGAAAUUGUGGAUGAGGAGAGAUACGACAUUGAAGCAAAAUGCAACCAUAACACCCGGGAGAUUAAAGAUCUGAAAAUCAAAGUCCUCGAUCUCCGGGGCAAGUUCAAGCGGCCUCCCCUGCGCCGGGUCCGCGUCUCGGCCGAUGCCAUGCUCAGGGCUCUGCUGGGCUCCAAGCACAAGGUGUCCAUGGACCUCAGGGCCAACCUGAAGUCUGUCAAGAAGGAGGACACGGAGAAGGAGCGCCCUGUGGAAGUGGGAGACUGGCGCAAGAAUGUGGAGGCCAUGUCGGGCAUGGAGGGCAGGAAGAAGAUGUUCGACGCUGCCAAGUCCCCCACGGGGCAGUGACAGGAGCACUGGGAGGAGGACCGUCCCCGUCCCUGCUGCCAGCCUGCCCUUGCUGCUCCCUGUCCCUUUGUGCCCUUCCCUGAAUUUCCCCUGAGCUGGAACACGAGGACAGCGGUGUGGGAAGGAGACCUGAGCUUCUUCCUUCCAGCAGUGCCCUCAGCCCUGCUCCUGCACAGCGUCCCCUCAGCAGCCACAGGCCGUGCUGUCCCCAAGGGCCAGUGCCACCCGGCCCUGCCAGCCCUGCAGAGCUGCCCCCUGUGCCCCCCGUGCCCCCUGUGCCCCGUGGCACCCCGAGAUGUCCCUGGCAGCCAGAUGUGCAUUAAAGGACUGUCCUGGGCCGA